AUGGCCCCCAAAACAGCACAGCCCGCCGCUGUCACCUCCAAAAACAUCCAGACGUCCCUCGACAUCCUCAUUGACAACUACACCUCCACCACCCCCGCUCGCGUCAAGCUCAUCGAUGCCUUCCUCUUCUUCAUCAUGGUCUCUGGCAUCUUGCAGUUCGCCUACAGACUGCUCAUCACUGUCUACCCCUUUCAUGCUUUUGCCGGAGGCUUCGGGUCGACCAUUGGACAAUUUGUGCUGUUGGCGGGUCUGAGGGCACAGAUCACCCCCGGGAGGGAUGGAGAGUUCAAAGAGGUGUCUCAAGAAAGAGCGUUUGCAGACUUUUGCGCAGCAUCGGUCGUCCUGCAUCUGUUCGCCUUUAACUUUUUGGGCUAG